AUGGGAAAAGAUUAUAAAACAUUUAUCUCAAUAGAAGAUAUUUCUAAUAGAAUAUUUAUAUUUGUAACAUACUCUAUACCAGUUGAAUUAAGUAUUAAAAUAAAAGGAGUACGUAUAGAAAAAAGUAGAGUAAGUGAUUCAGAAAUUAUUCAAAAUAGUAAAAGGAAUGGAGUUGUAAUAGAGGAGUUAUACAAAAAUGAAGACAGAACAGAGAAUAUUCAAAGUAUGGAGGAGUGGUACACAUACGAUGAAGAUGAUUUUGCUUCUGAAGAACCAAUAGUAAUAGAAGAAAAAGGAGAGGAGAAAGAUAAAUGGGAAAUUGAGGAUUGGAUGUUAAUGAAUGAAGAAGAAGAAAGAUGA